AUGACUGAUCCAGCCGCAUCCGUUUCAACUGGUUUGAAAAAUAUUGUGAUCUCUAGCGAUCCUCCCGAGACUUCUGAACAUAGAAAUACUAUGCAACAUGACGAACAUAUCGCCCGUCUGACUCAAGAGAUUGAGGACCUACGUGGCGAACUGAAUCGGGUUAGGGACCUGACCAAUUUAUCUGUUACACUCCAAAGUGCACCUCCUGAACCUAGAAUUGUCGCACCAAACCCACCCCGUUUUCCAUCACUUGAAUCUCCAGUCCCUGAACACUUUCCUCCCCAAAAUAAUGCACCCACCAACAACAACUUUCCUCUACCAAAUCCAUCAUCCGUCUAUACUCCUCUACAAAGUCAACCACCCACCCACGUUACCUGUACUCCUCCACAAAAUCAACCACCUACCUAUAAUACUUACGCUACUCCUAAUCCACCACCCGUCAACCCACCAAAUCAAUCACAAGUUCACACUCCUUAUAUUCCGUUACCUACCAAUACUAAUCCACUACCUACAACUACUCCUCUGAAUCCACCAAACCAACUACCUACAAACACCAUUUAUAACACACCACCUCCAAUCCAAAACACUCCCACCGCCCAAACUUAUCUAACCAAGCAUAUACAAGGGGCACAUUUUGCCACUCCUAACACGCAAUAUAUUCCUCCGGUAUAUGCAGCGAAAACACAAGCUUAUACCAAUCUGGAAGAAUCAGGUUCCAGCCGAAGUAGAUCAAUACGAGGAAAUGGAGAAAGAGGCAAAAGCAAACGAUACAUUGCUAAAAGAGAUCCACAAUCUCAAAGAAGCAAUGAGAAACCUUCAAGUUGCUAG